UCCGUCGACCAUGGGCUAGAAAACCGCACUAGUCUCAAGUUGGCAACACCUCAAGAAAAAAAACCCUAGAAGUUGAUAUGGUUUGCGAUUAGGUUGAUGGGUCCUUGGGGUGUUUUGUUUUCUGCUGUGAGGUGUGUGAUCACAUGUGUUUGAUCGAUGUGAUGAAGACGCUGUGUUUCAUGUCGCUUGCAUAUUGAUUUUGUUUGAUUAGGAUAGUAGAUGAUCAUGAUGCCUUUGAAUGUUGUGUGUAUUGAGAUGCAUUUUGAAUAUAAAGAAGGAAAAUCAUUGGAUGUCUAAUGUAUUAUUCGUUCUCAUUGGACCAUUUCUAUUCUGUUUCCCUGUUGAUUGAUUAAGAGGGAGAACACGUUUAGGAUUUAGUCAUAUCAUAUAACCGGAACCGGAAGAGAAUGCAUCGGUGCUCUUCCUUGUACGCAUUACUGGCAAGGAGAAUCAUAAUAUUAACACUGAAAUAUCUGCACGUCAACUUCGUGGUAAAAAUCGCAUCCUUAUCGGUAUGUACUCCUAAUGUUCAGUUCGGAAACGAAUUUUAAAUUAAUAAGUUUUAUAUAUUUUAGGAAAGCAAGCGAACGAAAUCGGUCUGCUGGGAGUUUUUCGUGAGCACGUCAAAGAUGCUAAUGAGAGUUUGCUCGCUGCGGGCAACUACACAGAAAGUGAAACAAUUGAAACUCUCAAGAAAGCCGCAUAUGAUUAUAGAAAAAAGAUGCAUGUUGAUGAAGACAUUUUCAAAGAAUGUCGAAUUAUCGCUCGCGCGUAUCUUGCGGCGGAUGUGACAUCCACUAAUCUUAAAGGAUACGUUCACGUCGUUGGUGAAGCGCCGUUUCGUGUGCAUCUGUUUUCAGAAUCCCAAAUCGAACGAUAUAUCAGAUGUUGGAAUGUUCUGUGUAGUAAGUACAAUACUCAAGAAUUACGAUCCAAUUACGAUCGUAAUUCUUGA